GCGGGGUGUUCCUGACUGCGGCGUAAAAAAAAAAAAAAGAAAAAAAAAAAGCCACACACACACAGGAUUAAAACAGAUAUAUCGCUCUUUCUACACUUUUUAUUUUACAUUCUGCCUGAUUUAAUAAAGCUCCAUGUCCCGGAAGUGAGCUCAGGGAGGACGGCUUUCACUGACUGGUCCAGCCGGAGCGGACUCAAGGCGUGCAGCAGGGCUGAAAGAUGUGCGAUGGGAUGGCCACGCGUUCACACGCUCUGGUGAUCGUUGCACUGCAGCUGCUCCUCUUCCUCCUCUCGGCGCUCCCCACAGGCCAGGCCUCAGGUUGCUCCAGGCCCUCAGCGGUGCUGCAUGGCCGAGGAAACCUCACCGAGACCAACCGCGGCUCCUUCUCCGUCGGCACGGUGCUGCAGUACAGCUGUGACCCGGGAUACACGCUAAGCGGAGAGAGCGUCAUCACCUGCACCGCACCAGGACGCUGGUCCUCCGCCACACCACACUGCCUCAAAAAUGAUGUGUGUCGUCCCCCGAGUGAGCCUGAGAAUGGGGGGUACAUGUGUCACCCCUCACCCUGCCCCAAACUGACCGAAGGCACAGUGAUCGAGUAUUUCUGUGAUGAAGGCUACACACUGAAAGGGUACAGGUACCACACCUGCAGGAACGGAGACUGGGACUCGGCGGCGCCCAUCAUCUGUCAUGUGGGACAAGGGAAGGAAGAGCGCUCUCCUCUGGGUAUGCCAGCUCUCUCAAUCAUGGCCUCCACUGCCAGCUCCGUGGCCCUCAUCCUGCUGCUGGUCGUCCUCUUCGUCCUGCUGCAGCCCAAACUCAAAUCCUUUCAUCACAGCAGACGUGAGCAGGGUGUAUGCGGUCAGGCCGCCUCCCUCGUCGUAGAAGGAGUUCAGGUCUCUCUUCCUUCCUACGAAGAGGCGGUGUACGGCAGCGGCGGGGCGGCAGCUCCUCCCCCGGAGUCCCGCGUGAACAUUGUGCUCUCCGAGGGACCGCAAACGGAGUCUCCCGCCUCAGAGCUCGUCCAGUCCCGACCCGAGCACGAUCUCCCCUCCAUCUCCGCGCGCUCCCGUCACUCCGAGACCGCGCUCGUUCACCAGGACCCCUCCACUUCCUCCUCUCCGUCGACCUCCUCUUCCACCUCCAGCUGGGUGUCGGAGCAGCGCGGGGCGGCGGCGGCGGCGCGUAGGCCGAGCAGCGACCAGCACAGUCUGCUCUCGCUCACCUCUGUAGAGGAGUAUGGAGACGAUAUCCCUCUGCUGAAGGAGGCCUGAGACGGCACACGCAGCGUCCUCCUGUCAGUGGAUGAUGACCAGGACUGUGGCUCCUCAAGCUUUUUACCAAACCCUCUCCCCGCCCCCCAUUGCUGCCGUACAGAAUGCAGGAGUAACCAAAUGCCUCUCGAUUCGACCCGACCCUUCGAGUUCUCUCCCGAACUCUCCGAGCUGCGCCGUGUAAUCGCUCACCCUUCGCCAUCGUACUCCACACGCUGCCACCUUCUCCCUAAAAAACUACCGCAGCGCACAGAGGCUAUAGAAUAUACAGGAUCAUGUAUGACACACGUACCCACAGGCUGACAUUCACAAAUCCCGACGGCGUACUAACAACCACUCGUUAUCACCUCUUCCUCGCGUGGCUCGUGCGAAUCCCGAUCCAGUCACUUUCUAUGCCGAUCAGUGACUCUCUGACCUCUAACCCCAUAAGGUUAACUAAAUCGGGCUGGGUUUUAAUUUUAAAUGCUGCAUGAGCUGUGCAUCUCAAUCCUCCGUCCCCCGCCUUCCAACCUACACAUACACAUACACACACACACACACGAGAGCACGCAUGCUGCACAUGAUGGACGAGCGAGAUACAGGGACGAACUGCUUCACAUAGUACUGUAUUCAAAGACAUGCUUGCCUUUCUUUUCGCUGCAAACUCUGCGUGCGUGUGUUUUGGCUUUACACGUUUGACUGAACGAAGAGGGCUUAAAAAAAGUUUACUUUUUAUUUUGACUCCACUUAGGAUUUGCAAUUUUACCUCCCUUUUUUUCCCCCUAUUCCACCGAGAGAUCAUCAUGUGUAAUAUCAUGUCGUAUCAUAUCAUAUAUAGAACAAAUCUUUUUUAAAUGUCUUUGAAAUGUUCUUCGGUUGUCCCGCUAAGUUGUAUGCGUGUAUGAGGUGAGCUAAACAAACAGGACGAAAAGUUAACAAGUUAGCGACAACCGUGUGAAGGGGUGGACUGAUCUCAUUUAGGCGCCAAGCGAUCUUUAUUUUUAAAUUUUUUAUUAUUUUUUUUAUUGUGAUUUAAAUGUAAAAGGUAGAAUCUGAUCUACUUUGCAACCCUAAAAAGAAAAAGGGAAAAAAAAAACCCACAAAGGGGGUAAACAGUAAAACGUUUGGUUUGCGUUCCAAAAAAAAAAAAAAAAAGAAUAAAACAUUUGAAAGAUUUUUUCUUUUGCCUAAACGUGCCACUUUACAAUUGGAUCGUACGUCAUUCUCCUUGCUGUAAAGCGACAUGAAGCUACUGUUUAUUUUAUUUUUUUAAUCUCACGAACUGCCGCACAAUGCACAAAAGCAACGAUUAUUGAUAGGAGCUUUUUUUUUUUUUUUUUACCUAGGUAUGUUAAUUAUCCUGAGGAAAUGCUAGAUAAUAGUUUCAGACAACUAAGAAAAAAGUCGGCAAUUGAAAACGAGGAGUCCAAUGGUUACGUGAUUUACCAGGAUUCACCCAAUACGAUAUUAUCACGAUUUGAUUCAAUAUUGCGAUUUAUUUUUUAUUUAUUCUUUUAUCCUGAUUCGAGUAGCACACCCCCCCCUUUAGGAUCCUGGAGGAACUGCAACCUUUUACCAUUUCAAAUGCAAAUAUAUAUAUAUAAAUUAAAAGAUAUAUUUUAUUUUCGCUGUGGCAACAUGUGAACUGGCAGUGGAAAGAAUUAAGAAAUGUAACUGAAACUGAUUUUUUUUUUCUUCAUCUCUAUUAGACAGGUUAAAUACUGUCUUUUCUUGUGCAAUGAUUAAAUACUACAUUGUAAAAUUUUGCCUGAGCUAUGAUAAAGAGAUUUUAAAGAGUAAUGCUGAAUAAAAUAGCUUUUUUUUUUAUUAUUCAAUUGCACAAAUAAUAUCAUCAUGCUUUUGAUUUAAAUGUUGCCAGUACAUCUCCCCCCCCCCCCCCAACCCUUUGGGCAGCUUUCCUGCGAAACACAUCUGAAGAAAGUGCGACCCGUGCAGUUCUUCCUGUGUAUGAGGGAGAGAGAGUGUGCCAGCGCUUUCUCCAUGACAGCAAUGACAUGGUUUUGCUCGUUUAGACUCCCAUCCAUCAUCGGGAUUCAGACAUUAUGAUAGCAUUAACACUUUUGUCACGUAUACUUUAUUUCAGUUUAAUUUAUUAGCUUUUAAAGCACUGACGUUGAUAAUAAAUGUAUGAUUUGUCCAUCCCUGAACGAAUCUCAACAACUAAAAUUAAGCAUUAAAUUUUUUUUUUCCAACAAGCCGGUAGUUUUUGCACACUAUCAAAUAGCUCAUCACCGGACAUGUCGAUAGCAAGCGGAUCUGUCAUUACACGCCCCAAUGUUCCGUUUUUUCUUUAUUAAAAAAAUCAACAACAAAAUACUGUGGGUUGUGUGGACGGACAUCUUUUUUUU